AUGGCAGCUUCAAAGGCUCAUGCACAAGAUACUUUGUGGGUGUGUUUGGAUACGGGGUUAAGAUUGCUUCAUCCGUUUAUGCCUUUUGUUACUGAAGAACUGUGGCAACAACAUCGUUCACUUAAGCAUUGUGAAAGAGAGAAGUCUAUUAUGAUUUCUGAUUACCCUUCGGUUGUUGAGUCAUGGAGAAAUGAAAAGGUGGAAUAUGAGAUGGAGGUGGUUGAGCGAGUUGGCUUUGCAGUUUCUAGAAAGGAACAAACUACAGAGCUUCUGAGACGUCAUGAAAAGGAGGUUUCAACCUUAGCCAACUUAUCAUCAUUCACGGUUCUGACUGAAAAUGAUGCUGCUCCAGCUGGAUGUGCAGUAUCAGUUGUAAACCAAUCACUUUCUGUUUAUCUAAAGCUUCAAGGAGCCAUUGAUGUCAAAAAAGAACGUCAAAAGCUCAAUGCAAAGUUGACUGAACUACAAAAGCAAAAGGAUAGGUUGAACAAGGCGAUGAGGGCUAAAGGGUAUGAAGAGAAGGUUCUAGAACAUAUAAAAGAAGAAAACAUGGCUAAAUUGACAAUGUUAAUGCAACAAUUGUUUUCUUGUGAGGAAGCUACUCAGCACUUUGAACGCGAAGUUGCUUUUAGAGCAGAGAUUUAA